AUGGAGGGUUGGAAGACGAGGUUCGCCCGCUUGCUGUGCUCUAGUAAUUCUUGUGCUCUUCUAACAACCGGUCUUCAGGAUUAUGAGAUGGACCUGACCGAUACGUUGUGGAUAGACGGCAAAGACGAGGAAGACCACAUCCGCGUGAAGGCUGUCAAGUUUAACAAAAGGAUGGCUGGUGCUUCAAUCAUAGGUGCAACCGAGCUUGACGAUGGUUUGGAGUUCCUAUCUUCCGUGUCCAAAUCUAAUCAACGUCAGCGAAAUCAAGAGCAGUCUUGGAUGAAGCGCGAAGGAAAGAUAAGAAAUCCAGGUACAUCACGAUCUGUUGGCGGUGCAGCCGUAACCAGUCUAGGAGGCAGCGCUCUCCGUAAAGUGUCGCGUGCGUCGUUGGCUGGUGCAGGCUCCGCGCCUCCAGUCAAUGUACCAAAGCCUGUGAAGGCAGCAGAAAGUUUCCUAUCGGCAGUCGACAGAACGAACAGGUUUGCAUAG